UAAACCCAAACCAGAGCAUCCAAAAACCCUAACACUAAACCCUUUGCGCCUUGUCUCUGCUCGACACAUCGAAAUGGCCAUCUACGCAAUGCUUCGGCGCGCCUCCUCCGCUGCGCUGCCUCAAUUGGCGCGCCGAUUCAUGGCAUCUUCAUCUUCGAGAACCGUCCACAGUGCACUCUCGGUUCUCCCCAGAGGAACAACAAUUCCUAUUUUACCCUCUCUCCGCUUCUCAAAUGCCUUCGCUACCAAUGCCAGCGCAGAUGAUAGUCUCAUUCAAGUUCUCCAAUCUGAGAUCCAUUGUGCUCAAGAUGAGGAUCAUGCUCAGCACCAUGUCGAAGUCCCAGAUGAUUUUCCUUUUGAGAUUGAGGACAAUCCUGGAGAAAGAACCAUACAACUAAAGAGACAAUAUGAGGAUGAAACUAUCAAAGUUCAAGUUGACAUCCCUAAUGUAGCUCCUGAAGAAAACGAGGAUGAUGAUGAGGGUGAAAAGAAUGAUAGUGAAUCUAGCAUUCCUUUAGUUGUGAGUGUUUUCAAAGGAAAUGGAGUGUGUCUCGAGUUUGGUGUGACUGCUUUCCCUGAUGAGAUUUCCAUUGAUAGCUUGUCAAUAAAGCAGUCCGAAGAAUCUGAAGACCAGCUAGCAUAUGAGGGACCUGAGUUCACUGAUUUGGAUGAAAAUCUGCAAAAGGCUUUUCACAAGUAUCUUGAGAUCCGGGGGAUCAAGCCCAGCACAACCAACUUUUUGCAGGAAUACAUGUUUAGUAAAGACAACAAGGAAUAUUUAAUGUGGCUGAAGAACCUGAAGAACUUCAUUGAGAAAUGAAUUUAAAAGAUUUCUUCUCUUAAGAUUGUGAAACGUUGACAAAGUCCCCUAUUUUUGGUGUACAAGCAUGUCCCUUCCUGUGUAUCAUGAUGAGAAUUACUGGAGUAGAUAAUAAUUUUUAAAAACUUUAUCUGUUAAAGGAUUAUUUAGACUGUCAUUUGUAAUUCAACUUCACCCUUCAAUCAAUAGUCUCUAGUGU